AGACAAUUGCAACCUCUUGCGGCUCUGUCGCCCCAACACCUCGUCGACUCUUGUGGCCCUGGCCCAACGCCUACUGCAUCUGAGCCCUUCUGGUACAGAGUCAUCGAUGAGGGCGACAAGGAUGCGAAGGAAGUAUUUGAUACAAUCGCCGUCUGCGAGACAGGUGCAUGGAAGACUCCGGACGAGUACACCAUACUCACCUGUCGGGAGCGACUUCUCUUCGUCGCUUCCCUCGCGUUGGACUCCGCCUAGCUCCGCCUGCAUUCGUGAAUGCAUCCCGAAGUGCCGGCUCGCACUGACACACCCCUUCCAUUCCCUCGCAUCUCCUCGCACCACCUCGCAUUCCUUUCGCACGACGCGAUCGGGUGAACGUCAUGGCAUCGUCACAGCCUCCCAUUGUCCUAAUCACAGGCAUCACAGGCUUUCUUGCAUCGCAUGUACUCGAUGCUGCGCUGGCAGAUCCGGCGGGGUACCGCGUACGAGGAACGCUACGCAGCAAAGCGGACAAGGCCGACGAGUUGCUGUCACGCUUGACUGAACAAGAUAGGAAGAGGGUCGAGCUGGUAGAGGUCAAGGAUACCGGAAGCAGCGACCUCACAGAAGCCAUGAGAGGUGAGUGAAGCAGUGUGCCUAGCCGCGUGACUGUGCAGAGCUCGCUUCCGCU